AUGAGCGCAGAAGUGGCUGCACCUCCGGCUGCGGGCGAGGAAAUGGAGGCCCUGUGUUCUGAGCUGCUCCUGCCCUCCCCGGGGGCAGUGGGAGCAGCAGGGGCGGUUGGAAGCCCUACUGCCACGGAUGGGGCUGCCCCGCUGCCCGUGAGCCAGGAUUUGGUGCUGGCAGAGGCGUCAUUGCCUGGGGCAGGGGCUGCGGCUGAAGGAAGCAACGUAGAAAUCUUCAUCGAGGCUGUGUCUGGCAACGUGACUCUGAGCAACACGGCCAAUGGCACCGAGGUGCUGGUCAAAGUGGUGGAGUUAUAUUUCUGCGAGAGGUGUGGACAGAGCUUCCAGGAGGCUUCCUUGCUGUCCCAGCACGAGUGUCUGCUACUGCCACCACCAGAGCACUUGCGGCUACCUGGAGUGCUGCCAGCACCCACCAGUAAGGGCCAGAAUGAGCCAGGGGACUCAGAACCACCAGUAUCGAGUGUGCCAGAAGGCUCGGCUCUUGAAUGCCUGCUGUGCCCCAUCUGCCAGGAGGCGUUUGCACAGCCUGGUGAGCUCAAGGAGCACUUCAAGACCCACCGUGGCCCUCAGGGAGCUCUGCCCUGCCCUGAGAAGGGCUGCUGCUUUGCCACAGAGGACCGCAAGCAGCUGCGCAGCCACCUACGUCUCCUGCAUGGAACUUCCCCUGUGUCCUGCACCUACCGAGCCUGCCCCUUGCUGUUUCCCAGCCGCCCAGACAUGGAACAGCACCACCGCACCCACUUCCCCUUCCACUGUGGCCAUUGUGAUUUUGUCACAGCUAAUGCCAAGCUCUUCUGGCAGCACAGGAAGAGCCACAUCGUGGAGACAUCUGUGAUGAGCAGCAUUCCCAGCUCAGCUCCCCUCAAACAGCUCCGCAUUCUGCCAUCAGAAGGGCGGAAGGAGGCAGAGAAUUGUCACCCUGACUGGGAAGCUGCCUCAGAAGAAACGGGGCCAGCGAAUACCUCAGGCACUGGGGAGGGCUCCAUGGAGGAGCUGAAAGCAUCUGCCGGAGAAGAGGAUUCAGAGAGUGAUGAGGAUGAUUCACUGGAGGAGGAUGGAGAGAGCCCCUGUGAGGGUGAGGCCAAAGAGAACAGGAAGGAGGCUGCCGACAAAGCCAAGGUGACCUGGGCUCAGCACUUCAAAGGAGAUGUUGCAGAGGGCUCAGAAUAUAUCUACAAAACCCACAUGUGCCCCGAAUGCAAGCGGUGCUUCAAGAAGCGGACACACUUGGUGGAGCAUCUCCACCUGCACUACCCUGACCCCAGCCUGCAGUGCCCCAACUGCCACAAGUACUUCACCAGUAAAAGCAAGCUGAAAAUCCACAUGAUGCGGGAGACAGGUGAGAAGGCGCACCGCUGCCCGCUCUGCCACUACAGCUCGGUGGAGAAGAAUGCCCUCAACCGCCACAUGGCCAGUAUGCAUGAGGACAUUUCCAACUUCUACUCCGAUGUCUACUCUUGCCCCGUCUGCAAAGAGAAGUUUCGCCUCAGCCAGGCCCUCAAAGAACACUUGAAGACUCACAAAGCUGAGCCCAAGAGGCUGAGCUGCUUCCAAGGCGGCUGCGACUACUGUGCGGAGGACAGGAAGGAGUUUGUCCGUCAUCUCAAGGAUGUUCACGGCAUCAAGGCAGUGGAGUGCAAGUAUCAUGCCUGCUCACUGCUCUUCGGCACUGCUGAGGCCAUGGAGGCUCACCGGAAAACCCACUACGCCUUCCACUGCCAGCAAUGUGACUUCAUCUGCUCCAACAAGCAUGUUUUCCGGAAGCAUAAGAAGCAGGGGCACCCAGGCAGUGAGCAGCUCCAGUGCAGCUUCUGUCCCUAUGCCACCUUCAACCCUGUGGAGUAUCAUGACCACGUGGGCAAGAUGCACGCCAACGAGAAGAUUCACAAGUGCACUGAGUGUGCCUUCGCUACUGCGCACAAGAGGGUGCUCAUCCGGCACAUGCUGUUGCACACAGGAGAGAAGCCUCAUAAGUGUGAGCUGUGUGACUUCACGUGCCGCGAUGUGAGCUACCUGUCCAAGCACAUGCUGACCCAUUCCAACGACAAGAACUUCAUGUGCACUGAGUGUGGAUACAUCACCAAGUGGAAGCACUACUUGAACGUUCACAUGCGCAAGCACACUGGUGAUCUUCGGUACCAGUGCAACCAGUGCUCGUACCGGUGCCACCGUGCUGACCAGCUGAGCAGCCACAAGCUGCGGCACCAAGGCAAAAGUCUCAUCUGCGAGGUGUGCGGCUUUGCUUGCAAGCGCAAGUACGAGCUGCAGAAGCACAUGCAGGCAAAGCACUCGCAGAACUACCAAGUGCCCAUCUUCCAGUGCCAGUACUGUGCCUACCAGACCAAGUACAAGCAGGCGUUGCUGAACCACGAGAACUGCAAGCACACCAAGCAAAAGGAGUUUCGCUGCGCCCUUUGCUCUUACUGCACCUUCAGCAACACCAGCCUCUUCUUCCACAAGCGCAAGAUUCACGGUUAUGUGCCUGGUGACAAGGACUGGCUGGAAAACUAUGCCAGCAAGGAGCUGGAGAUCAGCUCAUCUGAGUCUGUCUUUGGCUACGAGCUUGGAGCAGCCCUGCGUGUGGAUGCCAGCUCCGUCUUCUCUAGCAAAGAACAGUGGGCAAAAGUGAAGCCAUCCCAGUCGGAGUCCCAGGGGGAAGAGGGCUGCCAGCAAGCGUCCGUGGUGCCCCAGGAUGCUGCUCCAUCGGAGGGCAGCAGUAAGGCUCAGACAGCUGUGGGCAAGGGGGAGCAGAGAUGCAUGAUUGAUGACAGCAUGCAGAGUGACACUGCUGCGGGCCCAGCUGAGCUCAUCACUUCUGAGGAUGUGGCAGAGAGCUGCAUGUUGCACUUGGAGACGGUAAAUGUCUCAUCUGAUCCCAUCCUGGAACAUUUGACUGGAGAUGCCUGCAUGGCACAGCCGGAGAGCAUGGAAAUGCUCUCCUGCAAGGAACCUCCUGCCGCCUACAAGAUACUGGGCUCCCAGGGUGACCUUGGCUUGGAGGACAAUGACAAUGCGCUCGAAGACAUCCCGGACUAUAAGAAAGAGGGGGCAGAUGUAUGCAAGGAUGAGAUGUUGAGGCUGGAGGACAGCGCAGCAGCAGGUGCCAGCCAGGAAAAUGACACUGUAAGAGAAGCCACAGGCCACCUUGAGAGGUCAUGUUCAGACCACAGCAAGCUGGAUGCAGGCCCAGAGAUGAGAGAGACCAGCCAAGGUGAACCACCAGAGGCCUGGCUCAGUGUGCUGAAGACAGCUGAGCAGAGCCGUCCACCUGUCCCAGAGGAUGCGGCCACCUCCAGCGAUGACACCAGAAACAGUUCAGAAUCGGUGCUGAAGGCGCUGCGGAAGCAGGACAAGGAGCAGGCAGAGACACUGGUGUUAGAGGGAAGGGUCCAGAUGCUGGUGGUGCAGUCAGAAAGUCAGAUCUUUAAGUGUGAAAAAUGCUCUUACAUCACACGGAAGGAGAAGUCCAUGUCACUGCACUCUAAAGCCAGCUGCCAGAAUCACCGCACCCCACUUGUGUGCCGCGAGUGUGGUGCCAGCUUUAAGCAGCAAAGGGGACUCAACACCCACCUCCUCAAAAAAUGCCCAGUCCUCCUGAAGAAGAACAAGGUCCUCAAACCAGCUGUUGUGGAGGCAGCUGGGUUGCACUGUCCUACUGAGCAGCUGGGUGAUAACGGUACAGAAACAGCAGAGAGCAACAGGGGAGGCAUGGAGGAGCCUGGACAUCCUGAGUCCCCCUGGGAAGCUGAAAUGAUGCCUGAUAAAAUGCAGGAGUCGGAUGGUCUCUUUGCUGGGGAACGUGUGUCAGGCUGUUCUUCCCCUGAAAAGUCUCUCUCUGGUGACAGUGCAGAGGUGGCAGAAGAGCCUUCAAAGCAAGGGGAUGGAGCUGAGACAAGCAGAAUGGAGAGUCCCUUGCAGGUUGGGAAACCCUCUGAGAAAUACCGGCUGGAGGGUGGGAAGCUGCACUGCAAUGCCUGCUCCUUUGUGUGCUCCCGGGUCUCCACCAUCACCUCCCACGUGGAGGACGGCUGCCGGAGCCUGGAGCAGUUCUGGUGCUCACUGUGCCCUGAAGCCUUUCGCUCUCAGCGGGCCCUGAAGAACCACUGUGCUGAGAAGCACCUCCUGCAUCCCGAGGAGGACAGACCCCACAGCACCCAGCUCCCGGGGGGGCACACAGCCAGCGCUGAGAUGGGGCAGCCCGGUGACCCUGUGCUAGACGCAGCCCCCUCAAAAGCCGCACUGCCCAAACAGAGGCGUUUCUCCUGCCCCACUUGCCCCUUCACCUGCCACCAGGAGCGAGCCAUGAAGACGCACAAGAAGAGGGGCUGCGUGACACUGGGAGAGUUCCGCUGUGCCUCCUGCCCCUUCACCUCCAAAGUGGCCAAAGCCCUGCGGCUGCACCGCAAGCUGCACCGCAAGCACUACAGCAAGCGGCCGCAGCUGCAGUGCCGCCAGUGUGAGUUCACCUGCAAGCAGGCCCGCUGCCUGCGGCAGCACGUGCGCAUCAAGCACGAGGGGGUGAAGCCUCACAAGUGCCUCUACUGCGAGUUCAGCACCACGCGGCGGUACCGCCUGGAGGCCCACCAGUCCCUGCACACCGGCGUGGGCCGCAUCGCCUGCGGCAUCUGCAGCCAGACCUUCGGCACCAACUCCAAGCUGCGCAUCCACCGCCUGCGGGUGCAUGAGAAGACACCCACCCACUUCUGCCCGCUGUGCGACUACAGCAGCUACCUGCAGAACGACAUCACCCGCCACGUCAACAGCUGCCACCACGGCGAGCUCAACUUCGGCUGCUCCCGCUGCGAGGCGCGGUUCAGCUCUGAGACGGCCCUCAAGCAGCACGUCCUGCGGCGGCACGAGGAAAAGGUGUCCUACGGCUGCCCACAGUGUGGCUUCGUGUGCCACAGCGAGGCCACGCUCAAGUGCCACGUGCAAAAGCAGCACCCGCACCUGGAGUGUGGCACGUGCAAGGAGAGCUUUCCCAGCCGAGAUGCUCUGGAGGAGCACAAGAAGCAGCAUUUCAGCCACCGCUGCGAGCUGUGCAGCUUCGCUGCUAAGGAGCGGCAGCAGCUGGUGCGGCAUUACGUGGAGAGCCACGAGCCGGCCACCCCCCAGGACAAACCCCUGCAGUGCCCCUUCUGCGACUUCGCCUGCCGCCAUCAGCUCGUCUUCGACCAGCACAUGAAGGGCCACGGGGGGACGCGCAUCUACAAGUGCUCCGACUGUGAGUACACCACCAAGAACAGGCAGAAGAUCACCUGGCACAUCCGCAUCCACACAGGUGAGAAGCCCUACAAGUGUCACCUCUGCAAGUACACCUGUGCCGACCCCUCACGUCUCAAGUACCACAUGCGGAUCCACAAGGAAGAGCGCAAAUACCUCUGCCCAGACUGUGGCUACAAGUGCAAGUGGGUGAAUCAGCUCAAGUACCACAUGACAAAGCACACAGGGCUGAAGCCGUACCGCUGUGACGAGUGUGAGUACCGCACCAACCGGGCGGACGCACUGCGGGUGCACAAAGAGACACGACACCGGGACGCGCGUUCCUUCAUCUGCGAGCAGUGCGGAAAGGCCUUCAAGACUCGCUUCCUCCUCAAGACCCACCUGAAGAAACACAGCGAGGAGAAGCCGUACGUCUGCAAUGCCUGCGGGCGGGCUUUCCGCUGGGCGGCUGGCCUGCGGCACCAUUACCUCACCCACACCAACGAGCAUCCCUUCUUCUGCCGCUACUGCCCCUACAAGGCCAAGCAGAAGUUCCAGGUCAUCAAACACAUCCAGCGGCACCACCCCGAGUGCGGGGCUGGCGACCCCAGCCAGGGGGUGGGCAAAGACCCCAGCACACCCACCGUCCACCUCCAUGCUGUGCAGAGGGAGAGCCCAGCUACGGGGCCACCAGCACCGCAGCAGGAGGGAGAGCGCCUCACAGAGAAGGACAGCAUCUGCCAGUGAGUCCUGGCAGCUGCAGAGAUGUAUGUGUGUGUAUAGGCAUAUAUGUAUAUGGGAUGUAAGAUAUGUGGCUGUAUAAAAGGAAUCUCUCGGCUCCAUUUGA